AUGUGUGUGUGUGAGCACGUAUGCUACGUCCCUUUGUACCUGUGCCUGUCUGAUCUGCGCGGGCGCGUACGGUGUACGAAUCGAUACGGUGAUGACCCAUGAAGAAUAUUAUGUAUUCGCUAGAGAGUAGGGCAGGCACAGAAGUCAGGACAGGCAAGAAAACACAAAGGGAGACGUUGUGGUGUCAGGUCCCAGCGUCCGUCCCUUUAACAUGUGUUGCUAAGUUGGGGCGCCUAUAUCCCCACGCAAGGGGCUUGCGUGGGUGUUUAAGCGCCCGAUAUCCAAGCGUGGGAAAAUCACAGCUUCAUCGAUCAUUCUCAGAACCCCCACUGAUUGCUCACGAUCUCAUUUUCUCUACAGAAGGAGGGAGACGCCUUCGGAAUUGCCCCUCAGUGUCUUAUCGCGUGGGGAGAUGGGGGAUUCUUGUGAUACAGUCUGUAAUGGUCUCGACCUCGCGCAGUAUGCCCCUAAACGUUUGGAACUUGAUUGGAAUCGUCGCGUUGCGAUCGCCCCCCCCCCCCUCUGUCAUCUCGAAAUCGCGCGGGGGAUACUUGCGAUACAUACGUUUCCAGUCCAUGGACCUAUGCAGGAGGAUGGGUGUAUAUUUAUUUGACGCAUCGCCCGAUUCGAUCGUUGCGGGAUGAUCGACUUCAUAAAUGUGACUAUCGUUCGACCCUGGAAAGAUCGCACGUUCCGGCGACUCAUUACCUAUGAAAGAUAACACGAUAUACCCUGCUGAGUUUCAAGCUCGCUUCUUUCGUUCCCUACUC